AUGAAGAAUCAGCUGAGAUACCCAGCUGGCCAGCACAACAAAGUUCAUCGGUUAGCCGAAAAGCGCGCUUCAUAUGAUCUCGAAACAGUUCACAGCAUCAUGAAUCGUUCAUUCGUCUUCCACGUCUCUUUCCAGCCUGACGCUGAAGAUCCAUUUCCAACCACCAUCCCCAUGCUCGGCGCCAUGGGAAACUUUGCCUAUCCCAGCGCCGGCUUGAACGAGCCCCAGGACUGCUAUAUCCAUGGGUAUAUCUCAGCCCGCAUGGCCAACCUGUCGAGGAAGGCAAUGGACGAUGGACUUCCAGGUUUGCCCGUAUGCGUAUCUGUCGCAAAAGUGGACGGUCUCGUCCUGGCCUUGAGCGCAUUCACCCACUCGUGCAACUACCGCUCGGCAGUCUUGUUUGGGCACGCAGCUCUGGUCACAGACGAGUCAGAAAAGCUGUGGGCGCUGGAGCUGCUCACAAACAAGAUCAUCCCCGGCAGAUGGGACCAGGUCCGCCAACCUCCGAACAAAUUCGAGCUUAUGCAGACGCAGAUCCUGCGCGUUCGAGUGACCAGUGGCAGUGCAAAGGUCCGCGCAGGGCCGCCGGCGGACGACAAGGAGGAUGUCCAGGAUCCAGGGGUCAUGAAGAAUGUGUGGUCGGGGUAUGUUCCGCUGGUAGAGCGUAUGGGGCAGCCCAUUCCCAGCGCGUAUAAUCAGCUUCAGGACGUGCCGGAGCAUGUCAGAGAUCUACAAGAGGGUUUCAAUGAGGAGGCAGAUGCCUAUAAUGUCAAGCUUGUCAAGCAGGAGACACGAGGUAUUAACACCCAAUACUCAGAGCCUUACCGACUAUAUAACACGCAUAUCUCCGAGUAUGAGUUGGGAAGUCCUAUGACUCUGUACGGUGACGUUCCUUUCAUGCAGGCUAACCGCAAGGACUCCUACGUCGGCCUCUUCUGGCUGAAUGCGGCCGAGACUUUGAUUGACAUAACAAAGGCUAAAACUAAGACAGACACGAAUACCAACACGUAA